AUGCCAAUGGAGGAUGCAAACCCAACAUGGCUGCAUCCAGGCAUGCCUAUGACUCUUGAAAGGAUGAUGAAUGUUACAGAGGCACAACAAGGUCGAAGACCAAAAAGGAGGAGAAGGAGAGAAGAAUCACAGGAGGAAGAAGAACAACAAGAAGAACAAGAAGAUGAGCAACAAUUCCAACCACAAAACAUGGACAUGGGACGGAUGCAAGAAGCAAUUGAAAGGCUAUCCGCACAGUACAUGAGAGUUCAAGAAAAGCAAGAAAAAUUCCAUUCACAGUACAUGAGAACUCAACAAAGACAAGAGGAGCUUCAGCUGAGAAUGAUAAGUCAACAGAGAGAUUAUGAGUCAAGAUCUCUAAUUAUGCAAAGAGAACAAGCCUCACAUUGUCAAGAAGCUUUCAACCAGCUAGGCCAACUUCAAGUUGAGAAUAUGAGAGCUUUCAAGGAGUUCACGACUCUUCAGGAUGCAAGGAGUGACAUAGAGGUAGACAAGGCAAUACGCCUUGAGAACAGAGUGGAAGAGACAAUGAAGAAAGCUGGAUUCUGGACAAAGCUAAAGGGAAAAGGCAAGGGAGAAAGUAGUAAGCAAGCAACCUAA